UGACGUCACAGCGAACAUGGCUGCCGAGAGCGAUGUCCUGUCUGAAAUUGAAGUUCUGCAGUCCAUCUACUUGGAUGAGCUCAGUGUUAAUCAGAGAGAUGAGGGAGGAUGGACAGUCAGUCUGGUGCUCUAUCCCUCCACUGCGGAGGACUGCCUCUCUCAGUUUGUCCGUCUUACAUUGACAGUGGAUCUGGACUCUCAGUACCCAUAUUCAUCUCCUUGCAUCUCUAUUCACAAUCCACGUGGACUCUCAGAUGAUAAACUGCUCAGUUUACAGAGGAGUUUGCAGAUAGAGGCAGAGUCAUGUAUUGGGACACCUGUACUGUACCAGCUCAUAGAGAGAGCCAAAGAGAUCCUGACUGAGAGCAAUAUUCCCCAUGGAAACUGUGUCAUCUGUCUGUAUGGCUUUAAGGAGGGGGAAGUGUUUACUAAGACCAGCUGCUAUCACUAUUUCCAUUCUCACUGUCUUGGCCGCUACAUCACCCACUCUGAGAUGGAGCUGAAGGACCGUGAGAGGGAGCUGGAGGAGGAUAAAACCAGAGACAGGACAGAAGAAGAGGACUUGGCUGUUGUUUGCCCAGUGUGUCGAGAGCCUCUCACCUAUGAUUUGGAUGCCCUCCUUUCCUCUCCUGCUCCAGUUUUCACACAGCAGGAGGAUGCAGUCAUCGGUGGGGAAUUUAAAAAGAAAUGGGCAGCACUCCAGAAGAUUCUGGAACAGCAGAAGGAAAAGGGUGGAGUUAUUGACCCAGAAGCAGAGUCUAAUAGAUUCCUAAUUCACAUUAAUGAG